GGUGUACGGAACUCCCCACUAAUCUUAUCACCUCGUUUGUAGGUGAAAUGUGAUCGCGCUCGACCCGCGUGCGGCCCUUGCAUUCGCCUGGAGAUCCAGUGCCCCGGAUAUCAGGGGACCUCCAAGCUGCUAUCCCAGGCCGAGGUUUAUCGAUCUGCUGCCGGCAUUUUCGAGGCGUCUGGUGUGGUCAAGCGCCGCAUUGGAUCCUGCGUGGAAUGCCGACGGUCGAAAUGCCGCUGUUCACGGACGAGACCGACGUGCAAACGAUGCGAAGAAAAAGGCUUCACCUGUACCUACUCGGGCCCAGGGGAGGCGACAGCAGAUGGAAGAGACCCCGUGAAGUCGCCAACUCCCUUAACCGCGACGCCUGGACACAAUCCAAGCACGCCCGUCCUGACUACACCUUCGGCAUCACUCGUUCCCCUCGCAUCAUCUGGCGGAGGUUCAAACGCAGGCCGUUCCGUUGGUGAAAGCUGGCUCUUCGCCGAAUCAAUACCAGAGGAUCCACGUCUGCUACGGUCGUUGAUUGAUGCUUACUUCGAACACGUCCACCCGCUGAGAUGUCUGGGCUUCGUGCACAAGCCCACCUUUAUGCGCGCCCUGGAGAGAGGGAUCGUCAAAGAUGAGUACAUCGAGGCGCUGAUCUACAUCAUGUGCGCCUUUGGCGCAAAGUACUUGUCGUGGGAAUCUCAUAAUCGUCUACCGUUGUACAACGAUGAGAAUGAGGCGCCCGGCUUUCAAUGGGCUAGAAAGGCGAGGGACAUAGCCAUGAGGGGGAUGGAUAUCCCCUCGGUGCAAAACCUUAUGGCGUUGAUACUCAUCUCCGAGUAUGGCGCCAGUGCCCACGGAAACGCCAUCGCCUUCGUCCUGGCGGGAUGCUGCCACCGCCUGGCUCGUCUCCUAGGUCUUGACCACAGUUACGACGCAAACAUCAAGCCUGGUGCGGAAGCUUGCGACCAGGAAAGCCGUAGGAGACUCAUGUGGUCGUGUUUCGUCCUGGACAGCAUCGUCGGCUCAGGCGUAGACACACACAACAGCUCCAAGUACUCGCUCCCGGACAUUCCUCUGCCCGCUUCUGAUGAAGAUUUUCUGGCACAAUGCCCCAAUCAAACCGGGGAAAAACUGCAAGCCAUGGAGCGGCCAGAGGUGGCCCAUAAUAUCAACUACAGAGGCCAGCUCGUCUACCUGGUCCUACUACGAACUCAGGUUCUAAGGUUGAUCAGACAAUCGCUGUCCGCGGGCGACGUCGAGGACCCGAGGUCGCCGUUCAGAGAUUUGCUCGACAAUCUGGAAUCGUGGUAUGCAAACAUGCCCUCCAGGCUUCGCGUCAGCGACAUCAACAUCUACAUCCACAAGGAACUGAAUACACUGGGUGCCGUAUUUUCGCUUCAUUUCCUCUACCACGCCGCCAUAACCGACCUGACGCGCGUGUCGCUGCCCGGAUUCAGUUUCCCUCUCGCCCGGACCUUCGAACACGUCUCCGACGAGUUCAGACAAGACUGUCGACAGCGCUGUCGCCAUCAUGCCGACGAGAUAUCGCGACUGAUCGAGAUCGGUCUGCGGCACGGCGUGCGGCCCUUUGAUGACACCUUUUGUUUCACCGCCGCCUACGAGGUGACCAAGGUCCAAAUCAUCCAUUCCACCACUGCGGCACCCCGUCGAGGAACAGGAACGGACCACGGUCAGGCCGAGGCAAACAUCCGUUGUAAUAUCAGGUUGAUGACCUUGAUGGGUAGGGAUGGCUCUCAUGUCCUGGUACGGCCAUUGAUCUCGCUCCUGAGUCGAUUUGGGUUCCGCAAACUCGCUCUCGAAUGGGAUCCCCGUUCUCCUGCCACCGAUGCCGAAGGUGCCGAGAUUUCUGGUCCUGCGGAUUCCAACCACCUUUCCAGCGUGUCGACGCUCAGACUGGCUCGAGCCGAGAUGCAACGUCACCAAUCCUCGGCCAAUGUCACCAGUCCGACGUUUCGGUCCUCGACCGAUGCAGUGGACGCCUCUUCUUCAUCAGCCACCACCGCUACACAACAUCACCGCCGCCAACGCAGCGGAGUCCAUGAACGGACGACGACCGAGAGUCCCGUACUCGAACAUCAUUCCACAACUUCUUCAGGUCAUCCACAGCAGCAGCAUUAUCCAGACCAACGCGGCGACCGUACGAGACAUUCAUCCACAUUGCAGCAAGACAACGACAAUACCUCCCCACAAACUAGUAUGGACUUUAAUACCAGCCUCCAACCCUCGACAGUGACAGGAUUUGGCCCUGGUCCCGGUCCAGCUCCCACUGGUGGUGAUACCAUGAAUGUGGCACCACUUCAUCGUAUUCUAAAUGUCCACGGUGCACAACAACAGCAACAACAUCAACAACAUCAACAACAUCAUUUGGGUGCUUCUGCCACGGCGGCGGCAGCAGCAGCAGACAUGUUUCCCGGGGUUGACGCUUCUUCUUCUUUCCUCGACGCUCCUGUAUCAUCCGAUGACGUCGCCGCCUACGAUUAUACCAACCUCGCCGCCGAAAUGUCGGAUUACAUCACCUGGAACGCCGCGGAUUAUACCCGUUGGGGGUUGAACUUCCAUCCGUACUCGACGACAGACGACACGGCUCAACACCACAAUCCCCAAUAUCACACAUUCUGAAACCCCCUUUCCUAGCGUAUUAUGACGAGAAUGAUGACCCCCCCCCAAACAUGCUUUUUCUCCGUACACAUUCCCGGACCGCAAAAAACCAG